AUGGAAACAAAGAAGAAAUCAUCCGGUGCACAGAAUCGUAAACGCAAAGCUGAGAAAGAUGCUGCUCUUCAGAAGCAGGCAGACGCAAUGUCUCAUUUCAUAAAGAAGAUGAAGACUUCUUCGGGCGUAAAUGAUGCUCACACUGAAUCAGCAUCAGAAUCAAUUACAAAAGAACAGACAUCAUCCAGCCAAAGAACAUCAGCUGCAUUGGAUGAAGUUAUUGAAAGGACUGAUGAAACUCCAAAGGAAGGGAAAGAUGAUCCAAGCAUGGAAUUAAAUAAAUCGGAAGUUAGAGAUUAUCCAGGUAAUUCGAUGGAAGAGACUGGCAUAAAUGAAAAUUCCUUUCUUUAUAUUGAUUUUGAUGAUCCUGCAAAGUGGCCAACUCCAACUCUUAGCGACAAAGUGAGAAUGACUUUGUCUGAAAUGGGGCCUAUUCAAAGGAAAGGUUUAAUGUAUCCGAAAAGUAAUAAUGGACGUAAAUUUAGUGAUACAUAUUAUAACAGAAAAAUGGAAAACGGAGAAUUAGUUCCCCGUACAUGGCUAUUAUAUUCUAUAAGUACAAAUUCUGUUUUUUUGCUUCUGUUGCAAGAUAUUUGCAUCGGUUGA